AUCUACUCCAUGGACUGUUACUUCCGGCAGAAGUGGACCGACCGCAGACUCUCCUUCAACGCUUCCCUGGAAAAGCUCACCAACGUCUCCCUGAACGUCAUCAUGCUGGAGCGUAUCUGGCGCCCGGACACCAUCUUCAUUAACGGCGGGCCGUCUUACGUGCACACCAUCACAACACCAAACAAAUUCUUUAGACUCUCCCAUGACGGCACCAUUCUCUACUCGCAGAGACUGACCAUCAAGGCUAGCUGCCCAAUGCAUCUAGAGAAGUUCCCCAUGGACACACAGCAGUGCCCACUACACAUCGCUAGCUUUGGUUACCCCGUCUCUGACGUCAUUUAUGAAUGGCACUACGGGAAUAAUCUGGCCGCGGUGACAGCCAAUGACAUGCGACUUUCCCAGUUCGACCUCCAGGGUAUGCCAGCUUGUAACAUCACCAGGGCUUUCAAAGGAGGUGAGCACUCAGUUCUAACCAUCUUCUUCGACUUCCGACGCCACACCGGGUACUUCCUGAUACAGGUCUACUUGCCAUGUUGCCUGCUUGUGGUCCUCUCUUGGGUGUCUUUUUGGAUCAACCGGGAGGCAACCGCUGACAGGAUCUCCCUGGGGUCUCUCACGAUGUUGACCAUGACGUUUCUGGUGCUGGACUCCAGGAACGACCUACCUCGGGUCGCCUACUCAACAGCGUUAGACAUCUACGUCCUCAUGUGCUUCUGCUUCAUCUUCGCCUCCAUCAUCCAGUUUGCUGCCGUCCACUUCUACACCAAGUACGGAACUGCGGAUCCUGAGUUGCAGCCAGUUCCCGAGACAGAUGAUGAGGACGACGAUACCGACAGCCACUUCGACUCCGCUGACGUCUCCAACAGCUACCAUCCCAGCCCAGCGGCGGAGACGUUCACGGGCUGUUUACGGAGGAUGUGGAGCUGUCUGAUGAGCACCUCAAACAAGAGAUUCAACAAGAAUGUCAGGAAUGCCCUUGGCUUGAACAGCGUUAGUAAAAUCGACAAGGUGUCCAGAGUUCUCUUCCCUGCAGCCUUCUGUGGACUCAACAUCGUUUAUUGGAUGUCAUAUUUGUAG